AUGGAUUAUGUCCAGAAUAUCUCAGUACCAAGAGAUUUCCAUCUCCUAGCAUUUUCCAAUACCGAAGAACUUCAUCAUAUUAUUUUUUUUGGACUGUUACUGAUGUACCUACUGGCUGUGCUUGUAAACAUGCUGGUUAUUGUACUUGUGAGUCUGGUAUCCCAGCUGCACACCCCCAUGUACUUCUUUCUGUGCAACCUGGCAGCCCAGGACAUUAUCACUGUCUCUGCCAUCUUGCCCAAGCUGAUGACCAUCACCUUUAUAGGGGAAAAGAGCAUUUCUUUUUAUGGCUGCAUAACACAGCUAUUUCUUUACAUAUGUUGCAAUGUAGGGGAUUUUCUCCUUCUGGCCAUCAUGGCGUAUGACCGAUACGUGGCUAUUUGUGUCCCUCUACGUUAUCAUCUGAUUAUGAAACCCAGGUUCUGCAUCCUGUUAGUGACAACAUCAUGGACUUUCAGUGCCACCAAUGCAAUGUGUUAUGCUUUGCCUAUAUCUCAUUUGUCGUUUUGCAGGCCUAUUAAUAUAAAUCAUAUAUUUUGUGAAAUUGUAUUCUUGCUGGAGCUUUCCUGCAGUGAUACAACUCUCAUUAAAGCAUUAAUAACAGCUAAUGUAACAUUAAUUGGGAUUUUUCCAUUUUCAUUAAUCCUAACAUCUUAUGUGUACAUCAUAUAUACCAUCCUGAAAAUGCCAUCCUCAGCCGCAAGGCUCAAGACUUUCUCCAGCUGUUCUUCACAUCUCACUGUUGUGUUACUGUACGGUGGUUCAGGCAUUAUCUUGUACAUGAAACCAGUCUCUGAAAACUCUCAAGAAGUAGACAAGAUGUUUUUCCUUAUUUACUUGGGUUUUAUUCCAGUGUUAAACCCAUUGGUGUACAGCCUAAGAAACAGACAGGUUCAGUCUUCUGCAAGAAUAGUAUUUUCCAAACAUCUAAUAAAUUAUCUGUAA